AACCCUGUAUAGCGUCAGUCCUUGUCGAACAUGCUUCGGCAGCUCAUCGUGCCUCUCAUAUUGGGCGGCUUUGUCGCCAUUUGUUCUUGCGAGCCCGUCAACAGAAAGCACCUGCCGAGAGCUUCGUUGCUGGGAACGAUCGAGUGCGCGAACGAUGAGGGUGGCACGUCCAAGUGUGCCGGUAUCAAUGAGACGACGAGCGUGUCGACGGAGAAUCACGAAGAUCGAACGCGGACAGUCAGGGAAGUCGAGCCAAGAUCUAUGGAUGACUACGAGAAUUACGACGAGCCAGCCGAAGUUACUGGCCGUAAAAAGAGACGCGGAGGUCAAAGAAUAUUAUUGUAUAUGCUUGGAGCUAUGAAAGCAGCAAUAAUUUACGGACUAUUACACGGAGUUGCAGCUCUUGCGGGAAAGGCGGUGUUAGUUGCUAAAAUAGCCUUAGCUAUCGCAAUCGUUGCAAUUUUGAAAAAGAAUGAUCAUGAGAAAACAUCUUACGAGAUAGUGAAACAUCCACAACACAGUUUCGUACAAACGCAUAGUUCAAGUGUCGAUUACGAUCACCGUAGUGAUUACGGCGAAGACGGAUACGAACAUCGAAAACGACGUCGGGUUCAACGAUAAAGAUAGAUCUUAAAUAAUUAAUAAUUCACAAGCAACGUGAAUAGCAUGAAUUAGCGACUACUCAUACUUACGGAAACUCCAUGUGUGCUGCACCGAAGAAGAAAGAAGAAAAUAACACUAAAAAUGGCAAAGAUUACCGAGAUUCAAUAUAUAUUCGCACGACAACAUAACUAGACAGCACAAGACAUCUUAAAGACAUCCAAAAGACAUCUUAAAGACAUCUGAAAGAUACAUAACAUCUAAAGAAACAUCUAAAUAAAAUAGGAUGUUUUUUUUUUGGACAUCUUUAAGAUAUUUUGUAGAAAUUUGUGUCAUCUGGGUAGAUUCGAUUUAGACGAAUAUCUUGUAGUAGAGGCUUUGCUCCGCAUAUCUCAUAAUGUUAUAUUAUGUAAUAAUUAUGUUAUGUAAUAAUUAUACGAUUAUACAAAAUUACACGAUAAAAAUAUAAUGCGAAUAUAAUGCAAUAAUCUGUAAGCCUUUAAGUACAGAUGUAUCGUAAUAAAGGCACCAUAUAAUCGUCCAAAUUA